UUGGCUCGUGAGAACUUGAGCUCCACGCGUGGAGCUUGCGCGCAACGCCGGAGCGCCAUGAGCGGAGGAGGAGGUUCCUCCGGACAGAACUUCUGCUCCAGCAAUGCUGGCUUCUCUGGCACGCCGCUCUGGAAGCUGAAGCAGCAAGGCCAGGUGCCCAACCACUUCCGGGAGCAUGAGCAGGCGAAGGAGCUGCAGGCAAAGGAGCUGAGGGAAGAGGAGGAAGCUGCCGCCACACUGAGGGUGGCAGUGGACGCCGUGAGCCUUGGAAGGGUGGAGUACAACCUGGUGAGACAUCUCAUUGUGAAGGAUCUCAGGAAAGUGGCGGCCCGCUCCAAGAUCACCUUGCCUACCGGAGGCCUUUUUGAGAACAAGGCCCCGCUGCAGCUCUUCGCCCUCUUCGAUGGCCAGUCCGCAGCGGAGACUGGGGCGAACUGCUCGGAGAGCUGCGCCAAGACGCUGCUGCCGAAGCUGCUGCGGAACAUGUCCGCCAUCCCGCAGGGCUACGAGAAUGCCACGUUCCUGAAGGCCUGCCUCAAGAAGGCCUUCGAAGACCUCGACAAGGAGGUGCUCAGGAACCAGCCCGGGGUGCAGGACGGCUGCGGGGGCGCGGUGGCGCUGCUGGUGGGCGAGAAGCUCUUCACCGCGGUUUGCGGCCAGUGCGAGCUGAUCCUGCUGGAGACCGUGCGCAAGGGCAUAAAGCAGGAGACCAAGGUGGUGUCCAUGGGUGCCCACCAGGGCAGCUGGAGCGUCCCGGAGGACCAGCGCUUCCUGAAGGACAACGGGGGCAUGGUCUACCCGGGGGAUGGGGGCCGACUCAUGACCAGCAACCCGCAGGGCAAGACCACGGCCAUCUCCAGGUCCAUCGGGGACCGAAACUGGAAGGGCUCCAUGGGCGGCGUGUCGGGGAGCUUGAAGCUCAUGCGCAGCGUCCCGGAGACGCGCUACACGGACAUCUCCUGGGCUGAGCGACAUACCGCCAUCAUGCUCACCUCCAUGCCGGUGUCUGCGCUGCCAGCAGACCAGGCAUGCAACUUCAUCACCGACUUCGAUCAGAAGCCUCGAGCUGCCAGCGGGGAGAUUGCCAGCCGUGCCGCUGGGAACCCGCAGAACGCCAAUGCGCAGUGCACCAGCAUCGUGGUCUACUUCGUGCCCAAGGACGACCGGGUUGCGGAGCCGGCCGCCAAGCGGGCGAAGAAGGAAGCGGAGAGCGUCCGCCUGCGCCACAUUGUGGUGCGGCACCAGGACUGCAGCGCGCCCUUCGACCCGGUGAGGAACGUGGCCAUCGGGCGCACCCCGCAGGAGGCAGAGGCUAUCCUGCGGCAAGCCCUGCAAGAUCUCAUCACGGAGGCCAAAACCAUCAAGCUGCCUGCGGGGAAGAAGGCGAGCACUGCCGCGCUGCAGCCGAGCCCAAAGUUCACCUCCCUUUGCAAGGAGCUCUCGGAAUGCCCGACUGCGCAGAAGGGCGGUGGCAUGAUCGGGGACCUGGGCUGGCUGCAGCCGGAGGAGCUGAAGAGCCGCUUCGGGCCGGCCUUCUCCGAGGCAGCGAAGAACCUGAACCCGGGGCAAUGGAGCGACUUGGCCACAUCUGAGAUGGGGAUCCACAUCUUCCAGCGGAUUGCGUGAGUCCCCCGGGUUUGUCCUGUGGAUGGGUGGCGAAGUCCUCUCAGGCACCGUUCAGAG